AUGACUGGAGGUUACUGGUAUGAUCCAACUAUCAAGAAAUGGAUUCGCGGAGGGGAGCAAAUUAUAUCUUAUCUUGGCAAGCACCUAGAACAAGCCCACCUUCUCGGCAUAUCAAGUAUCAUUCAUGAACCCCUACUGCCUGGCUCUGGAAAGACUGAAACCGUCAUGAGUGCAACCGGAAAAGCACAAAGAGCAGAGGUAGUCAAAUGGAGGGAUACUCGCUGUGCAAAGAUCCUCGGCACUACUCAGUUGGACACUUCUUACUAUCGUGGCAAAUCGCUCGUGACGAGCAUGGGAGAACAAGUUGGUCUGAAUGGUCAUGUCAUUUUUCAAAGAUCAGGAAAGAUGUCUAUUGGACGUAUUUGCGAAAUUCUCGUAUCACCCAACACUGGUACAACUGUAGAACGAGUUGCAUUGCAGCACUUUUCAUUCGGACCUGCAUUACAUCCUUCACUCUUCUUACCGUGUUUGGAACUUAUGUCUGAUGAAAUAGUUUUGACGGCAGCAGAUAUUGUCUGCACCGUCAAUGUUCAGCACAACUGCAUCGAUUCGAAGUGCGCAAACAUGUGUCAGCAACGCAUGUGUCAAGAAUGGAUUGUAACUGUCCGAAUGAAAGCUGUCGUCGAGCAUCAGCCAACUCCACACUAUUUUCUGAACACCUAUUCGAUUCAUAACUGCAAUCUCAUCCAAAUGGCCAUCCCUGAAACGCUUCGCGAAACACCGCUGAGAGUCACUAAUCCAGCUGAGGUUCGGACACUAGCAGUGCAACAGAUGAGAGACAAGAAAUCAGCGAAGAAAGUUGGUGAGGUUCCUCCAAGUCAAGAAGCUAACGCUGUGGAGGAAGGUGUUCAAAGUAUGACAAAACCAGCUCCAGCCUUUGAUCGGGCUCCCACAAAGUCGAGCGCGGCCACCAAGUCCAGAGCAAAGGCAAGCAGUAUGCGAGGGAAAAGGAAGGCAGCCUCGUCAAUCGUUGAGCAGGCUGUUGAUGGGCCCUCGAGACAGCAGCCGUCUUUUUCCAUUCAGCAGAAUCUGAUGGUCCCAUCCCACCAAUUUGUGCCAUCGCAAGUCUUGUAUCACCCUCUGCCACUACAGAUGGGCCCUCCGCAGACUUCGUACCAUCCUCCUUUGUUGCCAUUGCUCUCAUAUCCUAAUGCAGGUCCUCCGAGACUACAAGACAUGCACCUGCCCCCUGCUCAUUCCACCCAUGCAGUGCCAUUCCCUGGCUCACAACCCCCUCCGACAACACACCACCCCCACCCUACCUCCAGCGUCCACUUCAUGCAAGUCACGCCACAAGGUUAUCACCAAUCACACUAUUUACACCAGCCAACGCCUGCACAAGCUGGACCACAGGCAGGCACAAUGCAACACGCUGUCAGCUAUUGUAUGUCACCCCAGCAUACUUAUCCUCAACCGUAG